AUGUCUUUACAAGCAGACGCGCAGCCUGCUCCAGACGGCACAAUCGUCUUCUUCCAUCCGGACUUGGGCAUUGGCGGCGCGGAGCGGCUGGUUGUCGAUGCGGCGGUUGGGCUGCAGCAGCGCGGACACCACGUUGUCAUCUUUACGAAUCAUUGCGAUCGCAACCACUGCUUUGACGAGUGUCGCGAUGGCACCCUCGAUGUCCGCGUUCACGGCGAAUGGCCCAUCCCCAUGUCCAUCUUCAACCGCCUCACCAUCGUCUGCGCCAUCCUGCGCCAUCUCCAGCUCCUCAUACAGAUCGCGCUCUCCGGCGAAUUGAAAGCUCUUAAACCCCGCGCCUUUGUCGUCGACCAACUAUCCGCCGGUCUUCCGCUCUUACGAUAUAUCGCUCCCGAUGCGCCGAUCCUGUUUUACUGCCACUUUCCAGACUUGUUGCUCGCGCAGGGACGCCAAUCAGCCCUGAAGCGACUCUAUCGACUGCCUUUUGACUGGAUCGAAGAGUGGUCCAUGGGGUUUGCGCAGGCUGUUGCUGUCAACUCUGAGUUUACAAAGGGCGUUGUUGCGAGGACGUGGCCGCGGUUGAAGGAAAAGGUGGACACCAAGGUGGUAUACCCAUGCGUGGACACAACGGUUAAAGAGGAUAACUCGUCUGCAAGUGAUGAAGUAUUGCUUGGUGGCAACCACAAGGUGAUUCUCAGCAUCAAUCGGUUUGAGCGGAAAAAGGAUAUUGGACUAGCUGUCAAGGCGUUUGCUGCCAUCUCUGAGGAUUUGCGCCGCGGAGUGCGUCUUGUUCUAGCAGGUGGCUACGAUCCCCGAGUUGCCGAAAACGUCGAAUAUCACACCGAGCUCGAAGCUCUCGCCUCCUCCCACUCCCUCAAACACCACACCGUCACAUCUUUCGACACCACCUCUCUAUCCUCCAUUCCCAGCGAUGCCUCCGUCCUCUUCCUCCUCUCUAUACCAAACUCUAUCAAAACUUCACUUUUGCGUGUAGCUCGACUCCUAGUCUACACACCUUCCAACGAGCAUUUUGGAAUUGUGCCCCUCGAGGCUAUGCUUGCCCGCGUGCCUGUCCUCGCCGCCAACACGGGCGGUCCCGUUGAGACAAUACAGAACAUGAAGACUGGCUGGCUGCGCGAUCCGGAAGAUAUCGGCGCGUGGUCGAGUGUCAUGCUCAGCGUGCUGAGAAUGCCUGAUCAGGAUGUUCAGCGGAUGGGUACUGAUGGUGAAGAGCGUGUGCGGUCUCUUUUUGGACGUGAUAACAUGGCUCUGCGGCUUGAGACGUCCAUAAAUGAGAUUCUUUCUCAGAAGCAUGCCCGGCCAUCUUUGUUAGUGCCAAUUGGCAUAGUAAUUUCUCUUUUAUUAGCAGUAUUGGCGAUUUAUGUCCAGAUCUCAUGA